UGCCGGCUUGGAGAUGGGGUCCCAGGUGUCGGUGGACCCCGGAGCUCAGUGCGUAGUGAUCGUGGGCGGGGGCUUCGGCGGGAUCGCGGCGGCCAGCCAGCUGCAGGCCCUGAACAUCCCCUUCAUGCUGGUGGACGUGAAAGAGUGCUUCCAUCACAAUGUGGGCGCCCUCCGCGCCUCCGUGGAGAGUGGGUUUGCCAAGAAGACGUUCAUUUCCUACUCGGCGGCCUUCAAGGAGAGCUUCCGGCAGGGCCUGGUGGUCAAAAUAGACCUGAAAAACCAGACGGUGCUGCUGGAGAGUGGCGAGGCAUUGCCCUUCUCGCACCUGAUCUUGGCCACGGGCAGCUCGGGCCCCUUCCCCGGCAAGUUCAGCAAAGUCUGCAGCCUGCAGGCGGCCGUGGAGGCCUACGAGGACAUGGUGAGGCAGGUCCAGCGCGCCCAGUUCAUCACGGUGGUAGGAGGCGGCUCUGCGGGCGUGGAGAUGGCGGCUGAGAUCAAGACCGAGUACCCCGACAAGGAGGUGACACUCAUUCAUUCCAAAGUGGCCCUCGCCAACAGAGAGCUCCUGCCCUCCGUCCGGCAGGAAGUGAAGGAGAUCCUGGUCCGGAAAGGCGUGCAGCUGCUGUUGAGUGAGCGGGUGAGCAACCUGGAGGAGGUGCCGGUCAAUGAGUACCGAGAGUACAUCAAGGUGCUGACGGACAAAGGCACAGAGGUGGCCAGCAACCUGGUGAUCGUCUGCAACGGGAUCAAGAUCAACAGCCAGGCCUACCGCAGCGCGCUGGAGGGCCAGCUGGCCAGCAACGGGGCGGUGAGAGUGAAUGAGUUCCUCCAGGUGGAGGGUCACACCAACAUCUACGCCAUCGGUGACUGCAGCAACCUCAAGGAGCCCAAGAUGGCAUACCAUGCCGGCCUGCACGCCAGCAUCGCCGUGACCAACAUCGUCAACUCCACGAAGCAGCGGCCCCUCAAGGCCUACAAGCCAGGAGCCCUGACCUUCCUCCUGUCCAUGGGAAGAAACGACGGUGUGGGCCAGAUCAGCGGCUUCUACGUGGGCCGCCUCAUGGUCCGGCUGGCCAAGAGCCGGGACCUGUUCGUCGGCACCAGCUGGAAGACCAUGAAGCAGUCCCCGCCCUGACGGGGGACGCCACUCGGGACCUCUGACAAGUGCCCAGAGGCAAAAGCUUAUUUUCUGGAAUAAGAGGACAAAGAUCUACUGACCAACCUCCGUGAAGUGAAAGAGGAGGCCCAGUCGGCUCUACCCCAGCUCGUUUGGAAUGGACAUGUGUGUGUACACAUGUGGAUGUGUGUGCGUGCGUGUAUGUGUGCAGGUGUUUGUUUGCAUAUGUGUAGGUAUGUGUGUGUUCGUGUGUGUGGGUUUGUGUGCGUGUGUUCAUGUAGGUGUUUGUGUGUGCAUGUAUGUUUUUGUGGGUGUGCGUGUGUGUGCAUGUGUUUUGUGUAUGCGUGUGUUGAUGUAUGUGUUUUUGUGUGUGUGUUCAUGUGUGCGUGUGUGUUGUGUGCGUUUGUGUUGUUUGUGUGCAUGUGUUUUGUGUAUGCGUGUGUUGAUGUAUGUGUUUUCGUGUGUGUGUUCGUGUGUGCAUGUGUGUUGUGUGCGUUUGUGUUUGUGUGCAUGUGUUUUGUGUAUGCGUGUGUUGAUGUAUGUGUUUUCGUGUGUGUGUUCGUGUGUGCAUGUGCGUUUGUGUUGUGUUUGUGUGUGUGUUGUAUGUGUGCAUGUGUGUUGUGUGUGCAUGUGUGUUGUGUGUGCA